GCAUAAACGAGUCCAUGGCCGGGGAACAAUGAACGAAAGUGACCAGAAGCAGGAAGAUUGAGCGUAUUUCCACAGAAAUCCUGCAUGAAACAACACUUACUGAAACUUAAAGCUUAUAUUAUCAACAGUAAAGAAAAGAAAUCAAGAUGAAUUACCAGAAGGUUUACAUGAACCAGAUCCAUUCCAGCUCUCUGCUUUGUCAGCUGUCAGAAAUGUGGAAAAACCAGCUACUAUGUGACGCUAUCAUCAAAACUGGUCAAAUUAUAACAAAAGCCCACCGAGUUGUGCUGGUGGCAGCUUGUCCCAUGCUUCAGUCCAUGGAAAAUGCAGCGGCAGGUUCACAUCUAGAAGUUCGUCUAGCAGCCGAUAUCAAACAAGAAUCCGUCAACACAUUCCUACAGUAUUUAUAUGAAGGCUUCAUGAUGUUAACAGAGGAAAAUGUUCGUGAUGUUGAGAAAGUAGCCAGACUUUUACAAGUUGACAGUGUUAUCAAAUGUGUUGCAGACUUUUACAAAUGCAUGCAUGCCAAAACAGGCAUAGCAUUUCCUGGUACUCAAUAUAAAUACAACUUCAAUGAUCUGAUAGAAUUCCGCCAUGUUCGUGUCACAGACCUGCAGAAAACUGUCCAUGACGGGGCAGGGAAGCGAAUGUCAGAUUUCCCGCGGCCUGGAAGUCCAGGAAGUAAGCGACCAAGGUUACACAGAGGAGGAAGUCCCUCAGAUGUUACUGUGAUAGGGUCAGACAAAGCUGAUGAUACAGCGAGUAUGUCCCAUAGUUACAUGGCUGGAGCCCCAGAUCCCUGGGACCGAGUCCCCAAACUCGGGUCGGGUAUGGGUCGUCAAGGUGCUUCUGGGAGGAACUCCCAGCCUGGUGUUAUAGAAAUUGUGGAAGAAAGUAUUGAACUUGUACAGACAGAGCCCCCAGAAAAAGAUUCUGGACAAUCAUCAUCAUCUCGUUCAUCACAGAAAACAUCAUCGUCCAUAUCUAUUGCUAUAGCUAGUCAAUAUAACACAGAUCCUGAUCUUAGCAUUGUGAAUGUUCCAGAGAAACCAUCAUCAGUAACACAACCACCUGGGCCAAGUAGUUCAUCAUCCACACCUCAGCAUGGUUCAAUUACAGUCAGUCCUCUUACAGUAUUCCAGGAUUCACAACACGCACAAUCAUCACCAUCUUCAUCUUCAUCUUCACGAGAUAUGCCAGGACUUGCCUCAUCUUCAUCAACAGACCGUCUAAACGAGCGUCAAACCUCGUUUAGACAGGAGCAACCAUUCUCAGGAUUUUCACAAAAACCGGAAGAAAAUAUGUUUUCACCCUCAAAGUUUCACCAACAACAGCCUCGUACCUCAGAAACUCACACAACCAGCACACCUCAGCGUACCCCGUUCCCGGUGUCCAUGGCGCCAUCUGCUAGUCUAGGAAAGCCAUUCGCAGCAGGAAGUGCCAUGCAAGCAAUGGUGACCAGUUCUCCUAUAGCUGUUUCCCAGAGUUCUCCUGCCCCAAGUAAACCUAGACCAACACCACCACCUCCACAACCCAUGGGUAUACCAGAUUCCAGUUCUUUACCCAUGGAUGUCGGUCUAGGUGGCGAUGAUGGCAAAGGGAAAAGCACAAAAAUUGAACUUGCUGAUUCCAUGCAAGAAAGUACGUCAGACUUAACUCCAGAUUUAAGUAUAGUGAAAGUAGAAGCAGCAUUGGGUGAAGGGGAAACUGGAGGACUAGAUAUGCACGUGGAUAUGGCUGAACAAAGUAUAAUGCAAAUGCAAGCUGGUACAUCACAUCAAGAAGAAUUUGAAGAACCAAGUGAUGCGGAAAUCGAAGAAUGGGCACGAGAAGAAAUGUCAAACGAAGGUGCUAAUAUGAGUGGGGAUCCAAAUAGUUCCUGGUACAUGGGAUCUUACAAAGGGAUGACAGACAGAGAGAUGAAGAAGUUGGGGCCGGACUGGGAUUUGGAAGAAGAGAAGGACAGGGAAGAAGAAGAGAAGGUGCGGAAAUAUAGCUGCAACAUCUGUCUGCAUUCCUACUCCCAGAUUGACCUACUCAAGGAGCACUUGCUCGUUAAUCAUGGCACUGAGUUCUCACUCUUUUGUUUCGAGUGUGGCAAAGGCUUUAAAUCUGCUGGAGGAUUAAAAGGUCACAGAAAGGUCACACAUUCUGAUGGAGCAGAUGUACAUGAGUGUGAUAUUUGUGGCAGAGUUUUCCCGCAUAAGAGUAACCUCAAUUCACACAUGGUUAGUCACUCGGAUCACCGUCCCUUCUUGUGUAAAGUCUGUGGAAAAUCAUACAAACGAAAACAGAACUAUAAAGAACAUAUGUGUAAUUUGUAAAAUCUGCAUAAUUGUGUACAAAUGAUUGAGGAACUUUAGUGUUUGGAAAGUUGUACAUGUACAAACAAAAGUGUAAAGGCCAUGAGCUUUGUGGUAAAAUCUGUAGAAAGUAGGGUAAAAUCUCACACCAGUAAGUGUGGAUACAGUUGUCCAUGGUAAGAUCAGCUCCUUCUCAACCGUACAGUAAAAUCUCACGCCAGUAAGUGUGGAUACAGUUGUCCAUGGUAAGAUCAGCUCCUUCUCAACCGUACAGUAUAAUCUCACACCAGUAAGUGUGGAUACUUCUCAACCGUACAGUAAAAUCUCACACCAGUAAGUGUGGAUACAUCUCAACCGUACAGUAAAAUCUCACACCAGUAAGUGUGGAUACUUCUCAACCGUACAGUAAAAUCUCACAUCAGUAAGUGUUGAUACUUCUCAACCGUACAAUAAAAUCUCACACCAGUAAGUGUUGAUACUUCUCAACCGUACAGUAAAAUCUCAUGCCAGUAAGUGUGGAUACAUCUCAACCGUACAGUAAAAUCUCACACCAGUAAGUGUGGAUACUUCUCAACCGUACAGUAAAAUCUCACACCUGUAAGUGUGGAUACUUCUCAACCGUACAGUAAAAUCUCACACCUGUAAGUGUGGAUACUUCUCAACUGUACAGUAAAAUCUCACACCAGUAAGUGUGGAUACUUCUCAACCGUACAGUAAAAUCUCACACCGGUAGAUGUGGAUACUUCUCAACCGUACAGUAUAAUCUCACACCAGUAAGUGUGGAUACUUCUCAACCGUACAGUAAAAUCUCACACUAGUAAGUGUGGAUACUUCUCACCCGUACAGUAAAAUCUCACACUAGUAAGUGUUGAUACAGCUGUCCUUGGUAAGAGAAUGAUGGACUCAUCAGUAUAAUGACCGGCACUAGUCUGAAUCUGUGAAUUUUAUUAUGAAGGAAUGAAUUAGUUGUGACUGAGAUUAACCAUACUUAAAAGAGAAUGUAGUUUUCAGAUCAUGAACAUAUUUUAGUUGAAUUUGAUUGCUAAAAAAAAGUUUUAGUAAGUCUGUUGAGUGAUAGGAUGUAUCUUGGCUUCAGUUUAACAAUUUUAUAUUUAUCAAAACUUACAGUAGAAAGCUGUGUAAAAUGGUAGGUUACUUACUUUUCCGUAUACAUGUAUCAAUUUAUCAUUAACUAGUCUGAUAUCUUUGUCCCAGUGACUCGGCUUUAGAUAAGUUACAUUGUAUUGUUUUGAUACAUUUACAACUGCACAGUUUGUGCAUCCACUGAUGUCAAAACAUUGGUGUGAAGAUGCUUGAUCAACAUAGAUGUAUACACAACUAUCGGAUACAGAUUUAUGUACAAUCAAUGAAGUCUGCAAGUAAUAGAGGAAAGUUGAGGAAGAUUAUAAGUAAUGUGUUUAAAGUCAAGCAAACAGCCAUGAACAUCGGUCUGUGUGUGGAAAGUUAACAUUGUUAAAAUUGUAAGAUGGAACCUCUCUAUCUUCAUAUGACUUUCGCUGUUAGCAUCGUAUUAACCAUUGACAUCAGAUGACCUUGACAUACUAAUAGACAGAUUAGAUCAUAUGAUCUUGACCCACUCAUUGACAAAUUAGAUAAUAGUGACCUUGACCUUCUCGAAGACAGAUUAGCUUAUAUGACCUUGACCUACUAACAGACAGAUAACAUCAUAUGACCUUGACCCACUCAUUGAUAGAUAGUGACCUUGACCUACUCGUAGAUAUAUUAGGUUAUCUUAUCUUAUCCUGACUUACUAACAGAAUAAGAUUAUAUGACCUGAACCUUUUAAUAGACAUAUUUGAUUAUGUGACCUUUGACCUAUUCAUAGACAGAUUAGAUUAUGACCUAUUGACAGACAUGUUAGAUUAUGUGACCUUGAGCUAUUGACAGACAUUAGAUUAUGUGACCUUGACCUACUAAUAGACAUAUUAGAUUAUGUGACCUUGAGCUAUUGACAGACAUGUUAGAUUAUGUGACCUUGACCUACUAAUAGACAUUAGAUUAUGUGACCUUGACUUACUAAUUGACCAAUAAGAUUAUGUGACCUUGACCUACUAACAGUUAUGAUAUAUGUUUAGAUAAUAAUGUGACUGUGUACCUGUACUGAUACAGGUAAGGUCUGUAGGCUUUGUACUUGUUUAUCCAGUCUGAACAGAUCUUUUUGGACAAUUGUUCCUGACCACUUUUGUAAAUAGUUUCCCUAAUAUGUAUGAAUUAUAGGAGAUUAUAUUUCUUUCCCAUAUGAAUAAGCAGUUGGAUAUUCUUGUAGCCUAAUUCUGAUGUUUAUGUCUCGGUGUGUCUACUGCAUUGCUAAAACCUUUAACUCCCUUGUGUUAACCCCUUCGGGGGCAAGACGGGGUAACCACCUCGUGGGUGGUAUGGGCGAUCUCGGGCAGAUACUGAAGCUGAUACACUUGAGGUGUGCUGAGUGUUUGAUAACUAAGGAAUCUUUCCCUGGAGAUUGAGAUAGAUAUACCUCAACUCAAGAGUUUAACAGUUUAAUACAAGGCUUUGCCAAGUGCAAACUUUUUAAAAAUCUGAUCCUGAAGGUUGGGAUGUCUCUACUACAUCUCACCUGGGUGAUUGAUUACAUUUCUCUUACAACUAAAUUGAUGAUAUAACUACACUUAACAUGUUUACAUUUACACUACACAUGUACGUCUGAUACAAUUGAUGAAUCAAUGAAACCAUUUUAUUUUGAGUUACAAUAUCAGGUGUUUUGAUUAGCUAUAGGGAAGACAGAUCUUUUCCCCAUAAACAGACUAUAUCUAUGUCGUGUGGGAGAGCAAUAUUUCCUGAUAUUUGUCUCCCAUUAAUGUGGAUCCUAUAUUUGUCUCUCACUGUUUAUUGCUCAUUGACCCAUGAUGUUUGUCUCGCUGUUUAUUGCUCAUUGACCUCUGACAUUUGUCUCUCAUUUUGUAUAGUAGAUAUAUGUCUCCUGGUUACAAGUUUCUCCUGGUUACAAGUUUACACAUGGCAGUGUUGUUUUGAGUGUUUGUAAUUUGCUAUCAUUGGUGAUGUACUCAUCGGCUUUUAGUGUUCUAUAUUAAAUGAUUAAAAU